CUCAACUCGUUACUAUGGGUGGCCAACCGUCUAAACCAGUCACUGCCUCGGAGAGUGAGAAGCUCAUCCUGGAGCGUCUCCGCAGCUUCAAGGUGGAAGAUGGAGACUAUCUCAAGGUCCAGAUGAGCGGCGAUGCCGAGAAGACGGAGUAUCACGAAGAGAUCAAGCGGGAGGCCGAGGGUCUACCCAUCUCGUCACUCGAGGUCUUUAUAGACAGUGUGAUGAAGGAUCCCAAGAACAGACUGGCGCAUGCUGCCUUGAGCUCGUCCGAUCCUCGGCAAGCUCUGACUUCGCCAUCAACAAAGAUUGCAAACCAGCACGUCUUCAACGUCCAGAUCCCCUUUGAGGGCGACCCCAUCACCAACCAGCGGUCCAGUGGGCGCUGCUGGCUCUUCGCCUCGACAAACGUCUUCCGCGUUGCGCUCAUGAAGCGCCACAACUUGGCGUCGUUUGAGCUGUCCCAGGCCUAUCUCUUCUACUGGGACAAGCUUGAAAAGGCCAACUGGUUCCUCGAGCAGAUUGUCGAGACGGCCAAGGAUGACCUCGACAGCCGUGUUGUGCAGAGGCUGCUCGGGGACCUUAUCUCGGACGGCGGCCAGUGGGACAUGGUGUACAACCUCGUCGAGAAGUACGGCCUUGUCCCGCAGAGUCUGUAUCCUGAUAGUUGGAACGCCAUGAACUCGAGCAUUCUCAACAGCAUCAUUAAGACUAAGCUCCGCGAGUUCGCGUUGCAGCUGCGCGAGUUGUGCAACGGCGUCCCUAUUCCGUCUUCCGUUGUCAGCGCAUACAAGGUGUAUGCGAUUAAGGAAAUCGCCCUUAUCAUGACGCUCCUGCUCGGACAACCCCCGAAGCCGAGCGAGGAGUUUACGUGGCAGUUCCUGGAUAAGGACGGCAAGGCUCGCGAGGUCAAGACGACGCCCAAGGCCUUUUCCAAGGACAUUUACAGCUCCGAGUUCCGCAUCACCUCGGACGCCAUCACGAGCAUGAUUUCUCUUGUCCACGACCCUCGCAACGAUACGUUGAGAAAGCUCACCGUCUCCAGGCUCGGCAACAUCGUCGGCGGCCGGGACAUUACAUAUGUCAACGUGGAAAUGGACACUCUCAAGUCGACGUGUGUAAAGAUGCUCAAGUCCGGCUUGCCCAUCUUCUUUGGCUGUGAUGUUGGCAAGUUCAGCGACAGAGUUGCGGGUAUCAUGGAUCUGGAUCUGUUUGACUACGAGGCGGGCUUCAACACCGGUUUGAAGGGCAUGACCAAGGCGCAGAGACUCAUGACAGGCGAGAGUCUCAUGACGCACGCCAUGGUCCUGACGGCGGUGCAUGUGGAUGAGAAGACGGGCAAGCCAGUUCGAUGGAGAGUACAAAACAGCUGGGGCACUGCAGUUGGCGACAAGGGCUGGUUUGUCAUGAGCGAUGCCUGGAUGGACGAGUUUGUCUAUCAGGCAGUCGUGGACCCCAGAUUCUGCAGCAAGGAGGUGAGAGAUGUGCUGAAGCAGGAGCCCAUUGUCUUGCCAUUGUGGGAUCCGAUGGGUUCAUUGGCUUAAAUUAUGAGUUGUCUACUAGUUCUUUUUCCAUGCCGACUUACUCUGUAUGUCUAUUCGCUUGUUGUAAGUUAUAAGUAUGUUGAAUGGAAGUAAUUUCG